AGCUCAGUCUGUUCCUGGAAGAUGACACAGAUGCAAGGGCCAAACCCAUAAAUCCCAGAUUCAAGGUACACAGGACCAGCAUCACCUCCAUAUUCUCUGAACUUGUAUUAAGACUGUUGCUUUCUUGUCUCAAAAGGACAUUUUGCAGUUAUUUUAGCCCAUACCUGUCCGGUCUAUAUCUGCAAAACGAAAAUUUGUUCAUAUUAAUGGUGUCUGGAUAUAUAGGGGGGUUCGUGCUAUCAGGAAUAACGGUUGUGAGUGUUGAGUAUAAACAAAACGUGGAGCUGAGAUUUGGUCUUGGUCAUGUUCUUGAUCUGGGAUGAUGAAUUUUUUGAUUGCUGGCUCAUUUGGAUGAUACACAUGAAACAGAAACUCCUGUAAUUUUGUGUCCAGUGACUUGCCUUUUAGAAAAAAUGGUUAAACCCUGCUGGAAAUCCCAUGAUGAUGGUGAUUCGAACGGACGAGUCGAUGGACUGUUGUGGUCUAAGGAUCUGGGGCACCAUGUUUAUGGACAAUUCUCCAUGGCAGUCAUCCAAGCUAAUAAUGUGGUGGAAGAUCAAAGCCAGCUUGAAUCUGGGGCAUUGAGUAUGUCCAAUCCAGGUCCACAGGGGACCUUCAUCGGAGUUUAUGACGGUCAUGGUGGAACUGAAGCUUCACGGUUCGUCAAUGACAAUCUCUUCAGCAAUCUCAAAAGAUAUGCAUCUUUGCACCAGAACAUAUCGGAAAACGUUAUCAGGAAGGCUUUUGCAGCAACAGAAGAGGGAUUUCUCUCUCUCGUCCAGAAACAGUGGCUUAAUGAACCAAAGAUUGCAUCUGCUGGAUCAUGUUGUUUGGUGGGGAUCAUAUGCAACGGACAGCUAUAUAUUGCCAAUGCAGGUGAUUCGCGAGUAGUGCUCGGGAGAACUGAGAGAGCCACUAAAGAAAUCAUUGCCAUUCAAUUGUCCACAGAGCACAAUGCGGGCAUAGAAUCAGUGAGAGAUGAACUUCGGAUGGUUCAUCCAGAAGAUCCUCAGAUUGUGAUCCUAAAACACAAUGUUUGGCGUGUUAAAGGUAUCAUACAGGUUUCAAGAUCCAUUGGCGAUGCAUAUUUGAAAAAGGCGAAGUUCAACAGACCUCCUCUGCCGCCUAAAUUUCAACUGCCUGAGCCAUUUUACGUACCAAUCCUCAGUGCAGAACCAUCAAUACUGGUGCACAAACUCCGCCCAGACGAUCAAUAUCUCAUAUUUGCUUCUGAUGGCCUGUGGGAGCACCUUAGCAACCAGAAGGCUGUUGACAUCGUCAACAGCUAUUCUCGAAAUGGAAUAGCAAGGAGACUUGUCAAGGCUGCACUUCGAGAAGCAGCUAAAAAAAGAGAGAUGAGAUAUUCAGACCUGAAAAAGAUAGAUAGAGGUGUGAGAAGGCAUUUUCACGAUGACAUUUCUGUUGUAGUUGUGUUCUUAGAUCCUCAUUUGAUCAAUGGUAGGCCCUCCCCUUGUUCCUUGUCAAUCAGAGGAGGUCUCCCUUCGUCCGAAAAUUCCUAGCUGGUAAACUUUGUUAACGUCUUUAUAUCAUUCUCAAUUUAUUGACAAACAUAGCUAGAAAAUUCAGUCUUCUUAGAAAGAUCUAUUAAUUUGUAAGAUCUUCUAUUGGCAAGUAAAAUAGAAGAUGACGGACGUAAAUGUACAAAGCUCGUAAAUUGUUUCUUCAUGUAACAAAAUGAAACUACAUCCUUCAUCUUUGUAAAUCUUGUUUUUCCACAUUGUCUAGAUAUUUACUAUCAACAUGUAAUAUUCUCUCGUUUUGAGAGUUGGUG